AUGGGAGCAAAGAAGUUUCGCAAAUUUAAUAAACGAAAACAGCUUCCACAAGACAAAUUCAAUACUACCAACAAAUGGAGUUCACAGCAUUCUUCAAAACCUUCAUACGGAGCAUUCAAUGGAAGGAACAAAAACCUCGCUUCAGAGCUGAAUCGCCAAGGUCUAAGCAUUCGGUCAAUUACGCCCGACGGGAACUGUCUAUUUAGAUCGUGCGCUGACCAACUAUUUGGAAACCAGGACCGUCAUGCCGAAGUGCGUCGGAAGGCAGUGGAAUAUAUUCGACGGCAUAAGAGCGAUUACCUCCCUUUCAUGGACGAAGAGAGUGGCAAUUUCAAUCAGGUAUUUUCCAAUUUCUCUCGUCAAGCAUAG